AUGUCGGCCGUCAAGACCACCAUCAAGACUGACCUCUGCUCCUUCUCGGAGUACCGCAUCUACCCUGGCCGCGGUCAGCGCUUUGUUGCGAAGGACGGAAAGGUCCACACCUUCAUCCACCGCAAGGAGGCCAGCCUCUUCCGUCAGAAGAUCAAGCCCGUCAAGCUCCACUGGACUCUUGUCUGGCGCCGCAUGAACAAGAAGGGAGGCAAGGACGCCGUCUCCAAGCGCCGCAAUAGGAGAUCCGCGAAGACCGUCCACAAGGCCAUCGUUGGUCUGUCCCUAGAGGACAUCAAGCGCACUCGUGCCCAGAAGCCUGAGACUAAGGCCAAGUCGACCGCUGCCGUGAAGGACGCGAAGGAGAAGGCAAAGAAGUCCAAGGGCCCCCGUCCCCAGACCGGUCCGGCUCAGAAGGUGCAGAUUCCGAAGCAGCAGAAGCAAGCGAUGCAGCAGCGACGCAAGUAA